AUGUCAAGUAAUAAAAUUUUAAAUGAACUUAUUAUUGGAAAUAAUUUAACAAAAACGAAUAAACUAUUCUAUACAUUAAUUGUUCGAUUACUAAACAGAACAAAUAAAAUUUUAAAUGAAAUAUUUUUAUAUAAAAUUCGAAGAGAAAAUAUUAUUUUUUGUAAAUAUUUAAUGAUGAAUAAAUUAAAUAUAAAAAAUAAUAAAAUAAAAAUUGUUAAUAAAUGUCAAAAAGAAUUAAAACUAAUUCAAUGGUUACAAAACCAAAUUACUAGUGAAAACGUUUGUCAAGAUUUAUUACAAACAAACUCAAAAUCAUCCAAUGAUGAUAUAUUAAUUUUAUAUUGGCGUUCAAUUUCAUCGAGUAAUCUUAUAGAAAAAUCUAACACGAAAUUAGCGCCGCUAAAUCAUUUAUUAAUAAAUAAUCAUUGUGAGUUUCCCAAAUUAGAAAAAUUAUAUCGAAUGGAUCAUCGUCAAUUAAUCAUUUGA